AUGCCGCUCAGCUCCCACGAGGUAGCCCAGCUCAGGAUCGCGCUGCAAGAUGCGGUGGUGAAAUGCUCCGAGCGAUGCCUGUAUCAGUCGGCAAAAUGGGCAGCCGAGCUCCUCAAUGCGGUUCCAGAGGCGGCGGAUGGGGAAGAGGAGGCUGAUGACCCCGAGCUCGGCAAACACACCUCACCCAUCUUUGCGCCAAAUCAAGAUGCCGGCGAAGCUGCCCUGGAGGCAAAGGAGUUGAGCAGGUACCUCCUCGCCAAGUCGCUCUUUGACUGCAAGGAAUAUGACCGCUGUGCGGCCGUCUUCCUGCCGGAGUCGUUGCUGUCCACCGUUCUCGACUCACGCCUCGAGAAACCCCUGGCGACGCCCAAAGGCAAGGGCAAGUCGAGGGCGACGGAUGAGCCUAGCCUGAGCGCGGUGCCUCUGCCCAAGCUCAGCCAGAAGAGUCUCUUCUUGGCGCUGUAUGCCAAAUUCAUGUCUGGCGAGAAGCGCAAGAAUGAAGAGUCCGAGAUGGUCAUUGGCCCUAAUGACCUUGGCACCGUGGUCAACAAGCAACUUCUGGUUGUUGGGAGAUUUUUGACUGCUUGGUUUGAAGAGAGGACGACGGACGAUGAUGAAGUUCUCGGAAGCCAGGGCUGGCUGGAAUAUUUAUACGGCAUGGUGCUCGCCAAAGAAAAGAAUGACGAGAAAGCCCUGGAGUUCCUUAUACGCAGUGUUCACAAGUACCCCAUGAACUGGGGCUGCUGGCUUGAGAUGACGUCUCUGAUAUCACGAGUCGAAGAUCUGAAUCGAAUAUGUCGGCAUUGCCCUCAAAAUAUCGUUUCCUACAUGUUCCACCUUCACACAUCGCUUGAGCUGUACCAGCAGUCCGCAGGCCUUGCAAAUUCUCUCGAUCAACUCCUCUCCAUCUUCCCGACCUCAUCCUUUCUCCUCACAUGCAAUGCACUGUUGGCCUACCACGCAAAGGAUUUAAUGACCGCCGAGCAGCAUUUCAGCCGGCUGCUAUCGCUUCAUCCCCACAGGCUUGAUUCCUUGGAUCACUACUCCAAUAUUCUCUACGUGCUGAAUCUGCGGCCAAAGCUUGCAUUUCUGGCUCACCUGUGUUCGAGCGUGGAUAAGUUUCGGCCUGAAUCUUGUGUCGUCAUCGGAAAUUACUAUUCGCUCCUGUCCAUGCACGAGAAGGCUGUGGGAUACUUUCGACGAGCACUAACACUCGAUAGGUCAUGCCUCUCUGCAUGGACUUUGAUGGGCCACGAAUACGUGGAGUUGAAGAACACACAUUCUGCUAUAGAAUCAUAUCGACGAGCAGUGGAUGUCAAUCGCCGUGACUACCGAGCUUGGUAUGGCCUUGGGCAAACGUACGAAAUGCUGGAAAUGCACACGUAUUCGCUGUGGUACUACAAAAAGGCCGCCGGUCUCCGGCCAUGGGAUGGCAAAAUGUGGAUGGCGGUUGGAUCGUGCCUCCAGAAAAUGGGCCGAGAGCGUGAUGGCAUCAAGGCGCUCAAACGUGCUCUGCUCGCCGAUGCGUACUAUGACGUGGGCAGCAGCUUUGGCAGCGGCGGAGAUCUGCUUGGAGCUCGUGGCGCCACUGGUCAAAUGGACCCGGAGAUACUCUUGCAAAUCGCUACCAUGUACGACCAGCUAGGAGAAGAAGAGGAGGCGAAAGCUUAUAUGGAGCUCUGCGUGGCUCAAGAGGACGGAGGUCUGGCAGCCGCUGGGAACUUGAGCGAGUCUGUGCGGAUCCAUAACGAUUCGCCAGGAGGCUCGGAAGGCUACCACGAGCGAGACGACAACCACGUAGAGGGGAAUGCCGAGGGUACCGGCGUCACGGCCGCGACCAGCAAGGCGCGCAUGUGGCUGGCCAAGUUUGCCAUGCGCACUGCGGACUAUACCACGGCGAACCAGCUCGCCGCUGAGCUGUGCCAGGAUGGAGUCGAGGUGGAAGAGGCCAAGGCGCUUGUGCGGGAGGUGAGGUCGAGGCUUGAGGCUUCUGGCAUGUUGACAUCUGCAGGCUAG